CCAGCUCGCCUGCUCUCCCUGCUCUGCUCUGCUCCGCUCUGCUCUCCGCCCUGCCUUCCCGAGCAGCCGGUUCAUGGGGAAUGUGAAUGAUUGUCCUGAGGGACAUUUGAUGGAUUAGAGAGCUAAACAGUUCCAUUGCGAGAGGACCACCUGAUCUCCAGCCUGCGUCCCAUAUAAAGCCGGCAGCCGGACUGCUGAGCUCAGCGAGUGUGCCAGGCAGCGCCGCCUCCCCUCCCCUCCCCUCCCCUCUUCUCCGCCCCGGCCCUCCCUGCCUCGCUGCCUAGGGACCGCAUGCGGGUAGCGCAGGGAGCUGUCCAGUGCUGAAGAGCCCGCUCUGUAAGGCAACCGCGUCCACUUCCUUUCAGCCUGAAGCCCCUGCACCCCGAAGCUUUCCCCCUCCCCUCCCAAGGCCCCACUGAAGUUCCCCGCCGGGCCGGCUCCGGCUCCGGCUCAGCACAGCACCAUGCCCCGCUCCUUCUUGGUGAAGAAGAUCAAAGCAGAUGCCUUCCAAUGUAGCAGCGUCCCAGCUCCCAGCUACCACCCCCUGGGAUCCGCAUAUGUGCUGCCCGGCUCCAGGGGGGCAGCCGGCCCCGCCGGGGACAGCGGCUAUGCUCCACACUGCCUUCCGCCCCCCAGCUAUGACGGCGAAAAGAAACCGGGGCUGGAACUGGCGCCGUCGGAAGCUGUGUACCCACCGGCUACUGAGGAGUACAGCGACCCCGAGAGCCCGCAGUCGAGCCUGUCGGCGCGCUACUUCCGAGGGGAGGCAGCGGUGACGGACAGCUACUCCAUGGAUGCCUUCUUCAUCUCAGACGGGCGCUCCCGGAGGCGCGGGGCUGGGGAUGCCCGGGGGGCGGGGGGCGGGAACGGGCCUGGGGGAACCGGGGGUGGAAGUGGGGGGCACCGACAUUCGUGCGGCGAGUGCGGCAAGACGUACGCCACGUCGUCCAACCUGAGCCGGCACAAGCAGACGCACCGCAGCCUGGACAGCAAGCUGGCGCGCAAGUGCCCCACAUGUGGCAAGGCCUACGUAUCCAUGCCGGCUCUGGCCAUGCACGUGCUAACGCACAACUUGCGCCACAAAUGCGGUGUCUGCGGCAAGGCGUUCUCCCGGCCCUGGCUACUGCAGGGCCACAUGCGCUCGCAUACGGGCGAGAAGCCCUUCGGCUGCUCGCACUGUGGCAAAGCGUUCGCCGACCGCUCCAACCUGAGAGCGCACAUGCAAACGCACUCGGCCUUCAAGCACUACAAGUGCCGCCAGUGCGAGAAGACCUUCGCGCUUAAGUCCUACCUCAACAAGCACUGCGAAGCCGCCUGCUUCAAAGGCGCUGAGCACGCUUGCAGCGCCUCCACCGCCGCUCUGGACAACUAAUUCCACCCCGCCCUCUCCAGCCAGGCCCUGCCCCAUCUCCUCUCCUAAUGCCUUUUCUUAGCCCAGUCCCAAUCCUGCUACAGUUCAGUUCAAAUUCCGCCCUUUCUCCAUCCCUAGUUCUAACCUCUUCCCAUUAUAAACCCGGCCCGGUCUCCUCACCCCGUCCCGUUCCUUCUCAACCUAAGCUCCGCCCAUUAGCAUAAAUUACAUCCUUUUCCCCAUCCGAGGCCUGGUCCAAACUCUCCCUGCCCUACUCCUCCCUUUACGAUCCAGGGACUUCCUAGUCUAAGGACCGCAUGUCUUGUCUUCUUCCCCAGGCCCACUUACACCCAAACCGAACCUCUGAAGCCCAGUCCCCAAGAGCCCCAAGUCCUCCCCAGGAUUGCACCCUUCAUUUCCUGGCCAGGACCCACUUUCCCCUCCUCACCUGCACUGACAGCCCUUUCCAUCUCCUCUUCCCUUUAUUAGUUCUUUCCCGCCUUCCUCUUACUGCCAUCCCCCCCUUCCCCCAGGUGGCCUCAGGAGGUGAACCUCUGGCAGAAUGGGGCCCUGGGGCUGCGGGGCUCAGGACCCUGCUGCUGCCUCCUGCUUCCCCGCCACCAGCUCAAGGAAAGGGCAGGUUCCCUUCCCCAGUUGUGAGUCCUCUUUUCCCACACUCCUCUCCUUUGCUCUGUCUUCCUUCCUCUCUGAGCACUUUCCCACCCCCACACCCCCCACCCCCGGAAAAGGACAGCUCCUGGGGGAAGAGGGGGAGGUCUGGGUCUCCCUGGGGGCAGGGCCAGAGAGUUAUUUAUUUAUUUGUAUUUAUCUAUUUAUUUAUUUAUUGUUCCCUCCGGAAGGGGAGUAUCCCUCUAUGGGAAGGUGAGGCUCUCCAGCUGGACUGGGGGGGCUGGCAAGACGUCUUACAAGGCGAGGCCCCGACUGAAAGGACUUGAAGAUCUGGCUGGAGUGGAAGAAGGCACUUCUCUGUGCUCCCGAACUGGGGAUAUGGGAUGAAUUGAGGAAGGGGUCACUGAGGGAAGAUGAUCUACAACACAACCUCAGCGUCUGCCCUAGAAAAGGUCUGUGGACAGGCGCGCACGCACACACACACACACACACACACACACACACACACACACACACAGAGUCAACCCCUGGUUGGCAGGCUCCAAGAUUCUCCCCAACCCCCUCCCCGACCCAAUUCAUGCCUUGCCUGGACAGCGCCGGGCAGAGGAAGGGAAAUACUGAAGGGGUUCACGGGGCAGGUCCCCACUCCAACCCUUCCAAGGAGCCCACCAGGAUUGCCCUGCCUAUGAAAAGUCCUAAUUCAUAUUUGUUCUUCAUGCUGUUUCUGGAGGGAAGCGGAGCCUCCAGUGGGCCGGGGUGACGUGGGGCAAUCCCUGGGGUCAAGGGAAGAGACCACAGCUUCCCCAACCCUACACCCAUCUCACCUAUAGCCCGCACACCUUUGAAAUGAAAGGCAGGAGGCCGCCUUCCAAGUCUAUGCAACUUUCCCAGCAGAGGGGGGCCCAAGACCCCCACAGGGGCCAGCCCCCAGCCAGGACCUCACAUCCUGCCUCCUACCUCCCCUGACGGCGGCGCAGAUGGCCGGUGCCCUCUUUCUAGAGCCACCGUGCCGACACCCUUUGCAUGCCUGCAGAGGUAUCACAAGCACACGGCCCCGCCCAGGGCCCUCUUCCCCCUCCCCUGCAGGGCCGCACUCGCCUCCCUAGCGCAUGGGCCCCAAUCCCCGCUUUAAGCACACGUCUCCGUCCCACAUCUUCCCCCUGCAAUAGCUUCAUACCCAGACAGGAGGAAGGGGGUUCCCCACUCAUUUCUUCCCCGCACUGGGGCAGGAGGUGGGUUUCCCAAAUGGAAGGGUUCAGCUCUCAAGUACGGGGGAGAGGAGAGGGAGGAGAGACAGAGAACUUUUGCAAACUUCUCUCAGAUGUUACAGCAGACUGCAUUGGAAAGAUCCCCGGACAGGGAAUCAAGAGACCUGGGUUCUAGUCACUGCUCUCUGCUGUGUGACCUUAGGCAAGUCACAUAACCUCUCCGGGCCUCAGUUUCCUCAUCUGUAAAAUGAGGACGUUGGACUAGACAGCCUUUACUAUCCCUUCCAGCUCUGACAUUCUAUGGUUCUAGGUCCUUCCCAGUGAGGAGAGACUGGGAUGCAGGGCGGGGUAGGAGGGUAUUGUAGAAUCGAUUCCCAAUGUGUGUUUAUAUUGUAAAUAGGAACUUCCAACAGCAAUAAUUUUCCAUGCAUGUUCGGCUUUUUGGCCAGAUUUUGUACAAGCGCCUAGCGCUUCCCACUCCCCGCCCCCGACCCUUCCCUGCGCGGGCCCCUACUUCAAGGCUCCACUUGCCCCGCCCCCGCCGGCAGUAUUACUUGUAAUGCAAUUCAGGGAUAAUAAAGAAACUUCAGCCACUUA